UUAUAAAGCAUACUCAAACUAAAAACUCCCUCACUCUUUUCCAAGCCUUUUCUCCUUUCUUUAAUCCUUUAAUUCACCUCUUUUUCCUCUACUACUAAAAUUCAGCAUUCGUGGGCAGUUUCUUAACCAAAAAAACUAAAAAAUAAUUAAUAAAAACUGAAUAAAACUCUCACACCUGCGAAAUUUAUGGCUUUCUGAAAAACACACCAACCAAAUUUUAAAACCCACAAAAAACUUAUGGUUUUUCAGUAGUAUUUUUCUGUAUUGGGAUCAGGAAAACUAAAUUCUGCAACUGAUAUAGCAGCAGAAAACUCAGAAACAGAGGAGUUGUUUAUACAGAUUCACUACUAGUAGUAGCUUAGAAAUCUCUCUCACAUGGGUGUUGCAUGUGGAUUUUUGUGGGCCCAUUUGAUUCUUUGAUCUUUGAUUUUAAUUACCCAUUUGAGAAAAUUAAGAAAUUAGGAAAAGGAAAGAAAAAGUUUUGAUCUUUGAAGCAAGCAAUCAAUUUUUGGUGUUAUUCAUCUGGGUUGGUAUUCCUACUUUGGCUGAUUUUUUCAGUUAGUUGGUUGUGAGAUCCAAAGUUUUGAUCUUGAUCUUAUAUUUUUGGGCAUUUUUUGAGAAAGUUUAGCCUUUUUUCAUCUUAAAGAAGGUGAUGCUUAGGAAAAGAUCAAGAGCAGUGACAAGUCCACAAGCCAUAGUUGGUGAACAUAGCAACAAUUCAUGGAUUCCACCUGAGAAAUCAACAAAACCCAGUUCAUUUUUCUUGAAUUCUCCAAAGUUUUUCAAGGGUUUUUUCACUCCUUUUUCUUCUUGUUCAUCUUCAUCUUUAUCUUCUAAUGAUUCAAUCAUGAGCCCAACAUCAAUUCUUGAUCCUAAAGCAUUUUCCGCAUUUGCCAAUUCUUUUUGGGUUGACAACAACAAAAAAACCCCAAAAGUUUUAUCAAAACAUUCUUGGGAACAACCCAACAACACAAAAGGGAUUGGUCUUGCUCUUAUUGAUGAAAACAACAUUUCUGAAAACAAUAUCACUAAUAACACCACAAAUUCUAAGCAGCAGAGAAGAAAACUUGUUGUUUUUGGUUCACAACUUAGGAUUCAAGUACCUCCACAACCUCCUUCUGGCUUCCCCUGUUUUUCAUCUGAAUCUCCAAGGGAAUUUGGGAUUAAGACUCCAAGAAACUAUUUAUGGCCUUUUUGGAAUAAGGAUUCCCAAAUUCAUCCUCAAGAUUCACCAAUAAAAUUUGAAAAUGGGGAUGGGAAUGGGAAUGGGAAUGAAAACCUUUCUUUGAGUGAUAUGGAAUCAUCUGAGGAUUAUACUUGUGUAAUUUCUCAUGGUCCUAACCCUAAAACUACUCAUAUAUUUGGUAAUUGCAUUGUUGAAAGCUGUUGUGGUGUUGUUGGGUCUUCCUCUUUUUCUGCAACAACAAAUGGGUCAUUGUCCAAUUCUGGGAAUUCUACUCCUUCUCAACAGAGUUUCCUUAGUUUUUGUCACCAUUGUAAGAAGAAGCUAGGUGAAGGCAAAGACAUUUACAUGUACAGAGGAGAAAAAGCUUUUUGUAGUCAAGAAUGCAGAUGUCAAGAAAUGCUUUUUGAUGGAGUGGAGCAUUAGAAGUUUAUUCUCAGCAUCUUCAAAUUAUAAUUACCUACCUAAAAUUUUCCUAUUAAAAUAUAAUUAUAAUAACCUAGUUGGAAUUUUCUUUUUUUAAUUUUUUUUUUAGAAAUUUGCCUAGCAAAUUGAGAAAGGGGAUGCUGAGGUAUUCAUAGAUGUGAAGAUAUUAAAAAUUGUAGAGUUGAUUUCUGAUGAAAGUGAUGACCUAAGUUUUGAUUCUCCA